AUGUGCGCCCGUCUGUGCUCGCUCGCCGGCUGCCGCGGCUGCUCGCCCGCGUCGCCGCGCCCGCCGACCGUCGCGUGCCCUCGCCCACCGGCUGCCGCAGUUGCUCGCUCGCAGGUCGGACGCCGCGCGCUCGCUCGCCGGCUGCCGCGGCUGCCCGCCCGCGUCGCUGCGCUGGCCCGCCGGCCGUCGCGCCCGCGUGCGCUCGCUCACAGGCCGGACGCCGCGUGCCCUCGCCAGCCGGACGCCGCGAGUGCUGGCCCGCCGUGCUCGCGUGAGCUCGCUCGCCGGCUACCGCGGCUGAUCGCCCGCGUCGCCGCGCUGGCCCGCCGCGCUCGCUCGCCGGUUACCGCGGCUGCUCGCCCGCGUCUCCGCGCUCGCUUCCCGGCAGCUCGCCAGCGUCGCUGCGCUGGCCCGCCGGACGCCGCGUGCCCUCGCCCGCCGGAUGACGACGCACGCGACUACGCGCACGGCGGGUGGAGGCCGGCCGAGGCCCAUCUGCCGUCCGCCUUGGGCGUGCGCGACACUGCUGUUCGGCAGAGGCCGGGCUCCUCGAUGAUGACGGGCGCAAUCACGCGGCCCUCCAUGGUGAGGUGGAGGCUGGCCGAGGCUCCUCAGCUCUGCGGUCGUCGUCCAUGCAUGCUCCUGCAUGGUGAGCACGAGCUCACGCCUGGUGGCUAG